GGAGAAAUUGUUGUUUGACGAAGGAGGUGCGUUUCUCACUUCAUUUAAUAAUCUUCCAUAAUCUCUUCUGCCCAUUUGUCAAGCAUGCCCACCUCUCUCCUUCAACCAAUGCAUUUACUUUCAAUCGCCAUUAGUUUUCUUACUGUUCAUCUUUUUCAUUUGUACUUUUCUGGGGGAGUUCAACUUGAACCUACCAAUGGUUGAAAUGGGUUCCCAAUUGGGUAUUUAUCUGAUUGAUUUAUUGUUAGAAAAGUCAAACACCUGGUGGCCAAACCACUUUACUUCCUUUUACGCACUCCUACUGUUUGAGAAAAUGUCUGAACUAACUCCCCAGCAGGCAGAGGUGCUUCUGAGAUAGUAAUCCGUUCAGUGAAAGCUACCUAAGCAUUUUCUUUCUUUUGGGUGCGUUUUGAGGAUGAUUCGUUCUGGCCCCACUUGUAAUUUUUUAAGUAACUGAUCGGAUUGAUUUGAAUUAUCGCAGAAUAUUGUUUCGUAUCUUUUCAGUCCGUCAGGUUUCCUUCCCCACGUACCCGUUGCCCUGUUUCCCUCUCUGUCUUUCUCCCUUUCCUUUCAUUGUUUGAGUUGUUUCAUACUGUUCCACGACACAGACCCAGUUCCUUUCCGCGGAUUUUCUUUUUCCUGAUGCAGGUUUGGCAUGUCCCAUACGCGGAGGAGACUUGAAAUCACAAUCUUUGGAGGGUUAAGUUCCAGUGACAAAUUGGAUCUUUCAGCCAUUUUCCAACUGAACUUUGUUAUUUUGCUAACUGCCCUUUAAAUUCGUCUGUUUCUGCAUUCAUUUAGCCUUCUCUUUUCCUUUCCUGUCCCCUUUUUUGGCUUCAUUUUUCAUCCCUGCCAAUGACAUAGCUUCUUGAGUAUAUUUUCAUAGUUCUUUAACUUCGUGAGCUCGCCGUUCAAUCAACUAUUUCUCUCUCUCUCAAGUUCUAGCUGUGCUUCAAUUUUUAAGAUUUUUUUUUUUGGAUUAAAAUCAUGUCUUAAGUGUUGAAAUGGGGUCCGGUAAUGGGUUAUGUUCAAAAGAGUUUGAUUUGGAUGCUAAGUGGCUGGUCGAUCCGAAGCAAAUCUUUGUUGGGCCGAGGAUUGGGGAGGGUGCACAUGGCAAAGUGCACGAGGGGAAAUACAAAGACCAAAGUGUUGCUAUUAAAAUAAUUCGGAGAGGUGAAACCCCUGAAGAAAUUGCAAAAACUGAGGCACGCUUCGCUCGGGAGGUUGCAAUGUUAGCCAAAGUCCAGCACAAGAAUCUUGCAAAGGUUUUUAUAGGUGCUUGCAAGGAGCCUAUUAUGGUGAUAGUGACUGAGCUUCUUUUAGGUGGUACGUUACGGAAGUACCUGUUGAGUAGGCGGCCGAGGUGCUUGGACUUGCCUGAGACAGUCGGCUUCGCACUUGAUAUUGCACGUGCAAUGGAAUGCUUGCAUUCCCAUGGGAUCAUUCAUCGUGAUCUCAAACCUGAGAAUUUGAUCUUGACCGCAGACCACAAAACCGUUAAACUUACAGACUUUGGUCUGGCUAGAGAAGAGUCAAUAACAGAGAUGAUGACAGCUGAAACUGGGACUUACCGAUGGAUGGCUCCCGAGUUAUACAGUACAGUCACUUUGAGAAAUGGAGAGAAGAAACAUUACAAUCACAAGGUGGAUGUUUACAGCUUUGGAAUCGUUUUCUGGGAGAUUGUCCAAAAUAAGUUGCCUUUUGAAGGCAUGUCGAAUCUACAAGCAGCAUAUGCAGCUGCUUUUAAGAAUUUACGACCCAGUGCGGAGAACCUCCCUGAGGAUUUAGCCCCAGUUAUAACUUCCUGUUGGACCGAGGAUCCGAACGCUCGGCCUAACUUCAGCCAAAUCAUACAAAUGCUCUUGAGAUAUCUAUCCACCAUUUCAUCAGAAGAGCAUGUUACAUCACCAAGAAUGCACCCGCCGGAGAAUGCAGUACUGCCACCGGAGUCUCCAGGAACAAGUUCUUUGAUGGCAGCCACGAGACAUGGCACCCGGGAAGUCCCAAACGACGAAAUGGAAGAGAAGCCAAACAGUUUCUUCUCCUGUUUCACUGGUAACUGUUAUUGAUCCUUCCCAAGAAGAGAAAACAAACUUCGGUCUCUGAUACUCCCAUGAAAUCAGAGCAGGAGAUCCUCACCAACCGUGCAACUGAAGUGGGCAAAAACAGAAAAAAAAUAAAAAGGUCCAUAUAAGUGUAGUUGAUCAAAGCAAAAUUGUGAUUCAAAUUUCAUUAGUAAUAUAUGUUUGAGACUUGGAUCCGUAAAAGGGGCACACAGAGUGUGGAGUUUGGGGUUGCUGUAAUGUCAAACUGUAAGAACAAAAAUUUCUCAUCCAAAUGCCUCCCUUCUCACUUUCUGUAUCGUUGGAGUUUUGAGAGGAGAGGCCAUUUCGUUAUGGAUUCAGUUCUUAACAA